AUGGUCAUCAAUUAUUCUUACUAUUUACUAGAGGUAGAAACCAAAGGUUCUUUUAGUGAAGGACCCAACGAAAGAAGACACCUAUCUAUUCUUAAUGGAGAGCUGUUUAACGGAUGCCCUCAUGAUCAUGGUUUGGAAACAGGUUUUUGUAGAGAAUUAAAAGCAGUAUGGACUAACACGCAAAGUGAACAAAUUAGUAAGAGUGUAAAUAAGGAAAUAGAUAAUUUGGUCCCAAAAUUAUACAAAAAAAUAAAAGAAGUUCUAGUUCCCACCACUGUUCGCCGCAGAAAUUAUGAAAACAAUAGAGAUUCAACCCUUUUAACUCAUGGUCGGAUAGACACCGUGUUUUGGAUUCUUCCAGACGAACUUAUUUUUUAUCUGGUUCAAAUCGAUCAUCCUUUAGUAAAAAAUGGAAACGGCUAUCAUUUUUACUGCGCCAAUAUGAAGGGACAAGUUAAGAAAAUAGAAGGUCAGCCUAGCUCUCAAAACGAAAAUAUUCUAAAAUUCGAUUUUAGCAAGGAUAAAGAAAAAGAAGACGCCUUGUUUUUUUUGUUUACGGCUAAUACUAGUAAAACGGAUAAUUCUAAGUUUUUUAAACGCUUUUUGGAAUUAUGGAUAACUGAAGAUGCAGAAAAAAAAGUUUUCAUAUUUGGACUUUCGUCAAUGAUCCAGGAAGUGCUCAAAGAUCUAUUUUCGGAAAAUCAAGAAAUUACUAAUUGUAUAGUUAUUAGUUUUAAUUCGCAAAAAUUUAAAGAAAACCUAGAAGAUUGUAAUGAGUUUGCUCAAGGAGCGGGGGCAAAUCACGGAGAGAUAGAAUGGUUUAAGCAAUUUAGCAAAGCAUAUGGAAAGAAUAAUCUGCAGGCCAUGAUAGAUUAG